UGCCUCAGACUGUAGCUGACCAGAAUCAGGUCCAGCAUGUUCAACAACAGCUCCGACCUGUGGACGCUCACCGAGAAAUCUGUGCCUGAGUUUGACAGAUUGAUAUCCUGCUACAAGUGGCAUCUACAGAACAAUGUCUCCAUUGCACAAGCCGAUGAAGCCUGCUCCAUGCACAAGGACCUUGUGAGUUUGGGAACAGAGAUUGACAUUGUCUUCUGGCUGAUGGGACUUCUCAUCAUCAUCAGUAAUGCUCCUGUGCUAUUGGGAAUCAUUGGAACAAGAGAACUCCACAGACCCAUCUACAUCUACCUGGCAAAUCUGGCUGUCACGGAUGUUUUCGCAGGCAUCGGACUUCUGUAUCGCAUAGUUGGUCAUGUCGGACUCAAUGUAAAAGCCUUCAAGUUGAUCAUGACUUAUGUCAACUUAAUCAUAUUUAGUCAGAUGACAUCAGCAUCAGCUCUAUCCCUGAUGUCAGUUAACGCCUAUGUUGCUGUAAUGCAUCCUGAAUUCUUCCACAUCCACGCUGACAGUGCCAAACUGUGCGCAGGUGUAGCUCUGACUGUUUCAUGGAUUGUCUGCGCCUUGCUUGCAUUCUCACCCAUAAUGGGCUGGAACUGUCUCCACAUGCAGACCCUCACCACUGGGAUCUGCAUUUCAUGGUACCCCCUGUCCUUUAUCAUCACUUGUGCAUCCAUACUGCUCUUGCUGUGCAUCAUCCUGAUGUUCACAAAUAUUAGUGUGUAUCUAGCAAUCAGGGAACGAGAAAAGAGAAGACUUGUACAGGUAGCUGCAAGGGACCCUCAGGCACCAGGAGAAAAUGGUCCUGGGCAAAACAACGCUGCACAAGAGGAGGCUCAGAAGAAAUAUGAAGAAAGGGUGUACAAGGCUAGGACUGUAAUGGUUCAUGUAGUGGUGGCAUUCAUCUGCUGGCUGCUACCCCUCCUGUUCUUUGCAGUCUGCAAAAUUCUUCCAGAUGUCUGCCCUAGGAACGGUGUACUUGCAGGGAUAUGUCUAAACUCGCUCAUUAACCCGAUGGCAACACUCAUCCGCAUGUCGGACUUGAGGAACACAAUUUGGCAAAAACUGACAGGCAUCCACCAGACACUUGUCACUGUGAUACGGGGAAACCGAGCGGACCCACAGGAAGACCAGGCUGGAACAGGAGAGUUUCUUACUCUACAGGAAGGUCCUGCACAUGGAGAGGGACGAAACACACCACGUCUGGCUCCAGAUGAACAGUCUUAGCCUGAGUGUUGACAUUUCAGCCUUUUUAGCUUUCAUCCGCUCCCCACGAUCCACUACCAGGCCAA